AUGACGGAAUCGAAGGAGUUGAAACCUGAGAUUCAACCUUGGGGUGUGCGGCGGGGUGUGCGCAGAUGUUGCCUUCGGGCAUGUUCUAAGCCUCGCAUUCUGACGCGCUUGGUCUCCGGAGUCCACAAGUGUCACAACUGGCUGGUGCCUCAGAUUUUGCGACCCUGGCUGAGCACUCCUUCACUUCGUCGCCUUUGUGCAACAGCAGUUGUUCUCAUCAUGCUCUGCAGGAUUUGGCAUCUGCACGAGAGGGCAUCAGCGCUGUCACAAAGAGCGAUCAUUACUUGUGCUGACAAUGUGAAUUUACGAGCUCAGUUUCAGUCUUCUGGCUUGCCAACGUCUCAAGACAUGGAGGUCUCGUUUCCAGAUUUGUCUGAGUACACAGAUGCAGAUGUGGCAGCAGAUGCCAAUGGAGAAUGUGAAAUUGGAAAACUUGGAAGUUCAGGGCCUGGUCAGAAGGACUUUUAUUUCGAGGCCCUGAACGGCAUGAUGCCUCCUCGGAGACGCAUCGAUUUUGCCCUUCUCUGCGUGAUUAGUGCCUGUGUUGCAUACCUUGUGAAGAGCAGCGAUGCAGAUGAACUGUUCGACAUUGAUGAUGGCAGUUUAGGGUCAAACUUCCAUGAGUCUGAAGAGAGCAAGGCAGUGAGACGUUUGCAGGCAAUGUAUUUCGAUAUGGUGUGCCGCAUGCGACCAGGUGUUCUAUCCAGCCCGCGACGGGGGAUGCUUCAGUUGAGUGACCUUGUACAAGCAGCUGAAACGGCUGCUGCAGCUGAGGUAGUUGAGGGGCGAAACGAUCUGAAUGAGCGCAGCGUUUCCAACCCAACACGUUUGUUGCUACUCCACGCCUCGCCACUCUGUGUCUUGACACGCGCAGCGAAUGGAGAACCUGCUUGGGCACCAUUGCCACGCUUGAGAAUCCAGAGGGAGAUUUCUGCAGUGGAGAAAGCUCUAUCUGGGGCACUGAAUGUUGAGGUUGACGUGGCCUCUAUCCACAAUUUGCGAAAAGCUGUCACGGAAGCUGAAAAUCUUUGGCUUCAUCUGUCUGCCCAUACUGUGAAUGGAAACGCUCUAGUUCUUGAAGAUGGUUGUGGAGGAACGGAGGCUCUGUCUCUGAACGCUUUGGAGAGAUUACUACGAAGUGGAGGUGACACGCCAGCUGCUUCCUUUGUCUUCCUUUCCAACUGCAAGUCAGAAGCGCUUGCGGCAGCCUUUUACAAAGCUGGGGUCAGGCACAUUGUGUACACAGGGAAGGCAGUUUCGGAUGCAAGUGCAAGCCGCUUUGCCAAGAGCUUUUACCUGGCCCUGGCAUGCAAGAGGUCAUUGAAAAAUGCUUUCAGUAUUGCGCUGGCAGAGGUUCAAGCAACUCUUCCGGAGGGAUUUGACAGUGGUUUUAAGCUGCAUUCUGCUGAUGAUGUGAUCAUGGAAGUGAAAUCCUCAGAAACGUCCUCAAAGUGGCAAGCGAUCCUAGCUGCCGCACUUCCUGGCCAAGUAGAAGAUUUUGUUGGCCGGGAAGAAACGAUGCUUACAGUGCUGCAGCACCUUGCCCAGAGGCGGGUGGUUGUUUUGCACUGCCAGAGAUCCUUGGGCCUCACUGCCACACUGGUUGAAAUUGCUCGAUACGUGUCGGCACCCGGUCGCAAAUUUUCUGGAAGAUGCAUCUUUGGAACAGUUCAGGUGUUGCAAAAAGGUCUUCUGAUCUUGGACAAUGCGGACCUUCUGUUGCCAUUCCACAAGCAUGUCUUGCGGAAGAACCUUCAGUCGCCCGACUUCUUCCUGUUGCUUGGAUGCCGUACCCCACACUGGGACCUUUUCCAAGACAUCGUCAAAGCUGUGCAUGUGGAGCUGCCACCCCUCAGUGAUUUGGAAGCUGCUACCCUGUUUGCACAGCGAUGUCACCGACCUCUCAGUCUGGAUGACAUCCUACCUGAGGGUUCAGAAGAAAGAAAAGACAUGAAGGAACCAUUGCCCAAAGAACGAGCGCGACAACUUCUGAAGCCCAUGGUGUCGAUCUUUGAUGGUGAUCCCAAUCUCAUUCGCCAGGCAGCGGGUAAAGUAACCCCCUCAAGGUCCGCGCUCCAUGGAGAUUUGGUACAGCUGGCGGAGUUCAGUCCGGCGCAGAAAAGCAACGCAGUUUCGCGCUACCUGGGACCUGCCUCAACCGAGUUAAGUCAUCCAGCGGAGCCAGCCCAAAGUGUGGCCUUCGAGAGCUGGAACACCUUUGAGGGAGGAAGUGGAGCGCCACAGGGUGGCGGUGAAGAUUGGGCAUCCUUCGGGACGUUUGAUUUCCCUGCGCAGCCAGCCUCUGGAGGUGCCCCAGAUCCAGAAAAGGCAGACAUAAAACCAUCGCUCAGCCCAAAAGUCAUUGAUGAGGCGCCAAAGCAAGGCAAUACGCCUGAGCCCUUCACAGAGGAUGAGCGUGAUGGUGGAAGCGAAGCGGUUGAGGCAAGAGCUUUAGCUCGAAGCCUUUGCAGCUUGGGCCGUUUCGAGGAGGCGUUGCAGUGUCAGGCCAAUGGAGACGUUUUGAGACGUCUACAUGCAGCGGAAGAGAAGAAGAAGGAAGCAGUGGCCCAAGAUGACUUUGAAGGUGCCAUUAAGAUCCGUAGUGAGAUCAAGGAGAUUAGCCGCUCCUUGGCGUCAGAAGAGGUUCUGGAGGUGUCAUCUUUUGGGACGAUGAAUCGGGAUGAAUCAGGAUACUGCUUGAAUCUUCAGAUGCCUGAGGAUCAGGAGAAAGGUGAUGGUAGAGCCCGAGACGCAGAGAGGGGCACAAGCUCGUGGACCCUGAAAAGGCGCAAUGGGCUGGGAGGACCUACUCGUUCCGAGAGUAACGAAGAGGGAUCUGACUCGGAGACCGAGUCCGAGAGCUCGGAGGAUAUCGAAGUGUCAAGCCACCAGAAUGAUGGUCCCGGCCAACUGCUUCAAGCCUUGACCAGCAAAUGGAAAGGUCACACAGAAAAGAUGGUGGUGCAGAUCAUCAGGUCCGGGAUUGACAUCAAUGAAAGGCUAAAAGAGCCGUGGGAUCCUGGAUUUGGAAAUUUCAAGCAAACGAUCGGUGCCCAACCGUUACAUUUUGCUGUUCGUCUUGGAUUGCUGAAGGCAUGUACGGCCUUGAUCGAGUGCAAAGCUGAAGUUGAUGCACAGACCAACACAGGCGUUUCAGCUCUGAUGGUGGCAGUCAUAUUUAGUCGACUCGAUGUUGCAAGGCUUUUGGUCAACGCCAAGGCGAGUGUCCUUUGUCAAGAUCAAAACGGUCUUUCCGUGACGGACAUGGCGAUCUUGGAGGGCAGUCCACAAAUGGUUCAGAUGCUUCUGGAGAGAGAAAAGCAAGAGGAUGAGGAAAUGGAGAACGAGGUGAUGCAAACCGCAAUCGAUGCUGGUGCUGAUAUCUCCUUGUUGCCACCAGUUGAUAAGGCUCUUGCCCUUGAUGAACAACUUAUUCUUCAGCAAAUCAUACGCAAGGCACAGUCCUGA